CUGAUCUUGCCUCUUUUCGACGAGAUGAAGCCGUCGGCGCUGCGAUUCCCUUCCCCGUGAGAUUGGUCAUUCGUUUCGGUGACAUCCUGCAGUCACUAUAUGUGUGACAAAGAGGACAGAGAAAGAAAAAAAAGAAAGGGGGUUUAUGCACUGAGUUUCUACUCGCUUAUUCACUCCCUAUCAUUACUUCACGUCACUUACUAUCUUUUCUCCUCCCUUCCUUCCAUGCCUUAUCCAUUCUCAGUCGCACCGCAUACUGUAAUUAAGAAGUUUUAUCUGACACUUCUGACGUCUUAAAUAUACCUUUGUGCAGGAGGUAAGGGAGGUGCCCUUGCAUUGAGAGACGAUAAACCGCAUCGCGCAACUUCGAUACGUUAGAAUCGGUUACGGCGCGGAGUCGAACGAGUUCCACCCAAGUCGCGACGCCACGCGGGAUACUUGCAUCAAAGAUCGAGGCUUUUGGGAUUGCAGAAGGACAUCGUCUGAUUGGAAUUACACCGUGCUCCUUCUCGGGGCACCGAGAAGUGAGCAAGGAUUGGAGCUGGAGUAGUACGGGCUCUGGAGCAGUGGAAAUCGUCACAUAACCAUGCCCGAAUUGCGGUUUGUGACCGGCGCCCGCCGGUUCAUAACACAGAUCGGGUAUCACCAUAUUCUCAUGAUAUUUAUCGCCCUUGCUAUCAUUCUGCUUUCCCUUUUAUUAGCAGGAUGUUCAUCCUCUUCGCCUCAAAUACCAACAAUCUUCUUAAUAUCCUUAUUUUACGAACACUAUCCCCCCAUAGAGUCAACCGCACAAUCCGCUCCAUCCGUAACAGCAGACAUCGCAAAUAUAGUCCGUGGCGCGCAGCUUGAGGUUCGCGUAGGAUAUUUUGGAAUCUGCGUUCAGCGUGGCGGCGGAUCAUUUAUCUGCAACGCGAACGCCACAGCGCUAGCUGGCAUCCUUCCUGCCGAAGAUGACCCCUUGAACCUUGUCUGGGUGGCAUCAACAUUCAAAGACGCUGUUGUUUUCCCAUACCUAAUCAUUGUUGCCGUAAUAUUCGCAUUUGUCUGUUUCCUUAUCCUGGGUACCUUCCCCGGCUGGCACGAAGAAACCUCUCCCGAUGGCUCCGAGCAGGAGGUCAGGCCGUUCCCAUCACGACCUGUUUCGCAAGUCGCGCUCUCUCUGAUAUUCGUUGCUUCCGUGUUCAUUUUGGUUUCCGUCCUCUGGCAGCACACUGCAUCCGUAGCGGCAAGCACAGUAGCCCAGGAUCUGGGCAACGGAAGCGUAAAAAGUGGGGUGGGCACGUCAGCGAUGAUAUUAGGCUGGUUUGGAUUCGGCUUGCUCGUUGUUGUUACGAUUGGGUUACUGGCGAUGAUCCUAAGUAUUAGUUUGUUGACGAGGCUUACAGAUGAUUGA